AUGGCUGUGGCAAACUUCCACUACAUUACUCGCAUGAGCAGCGGAUUCAAGGUGUAUAUUCUAGAGGGUCAGCCUCAUCUGAGGAGUGAAGACAGAUUCAGACACAUGACAAAUGAACGGACUCGAACUCCGACAGUGUAUCCCAAACGCAAGCGCAGCCAUGAAAGAUGUCUCACUCUUGAGGAAAGACGUGAGCGGGUACUGAACAGAAGUAAUGGUAAAGCUGCUCAGAGACCACCAAUUGUACCAGCACCCGUGUUGUUUAAUAGCCCUCAAAGUCCCACUUCCACCUGGAGCCCAGCACCCAGUCCAACCAGCCCUUUGCCCUCCCAUGUGUAUUAUACUCCAGUCAUGGAAGAACCUCUUGCCCUCAUCAAGAAACCGAGAAAGGAAUCAGAGAGUACAGAGGACAAGACUAAAAACACUGGUACAAGUCAGAUUCAGAUGCGUCCCUCUGUGAUCACUUGUGUCUCUUCGUUAAGAAAACCCACCGUGACCUCCGAUGUCUACCAGAGUCAGUCAUCAGUCAUCUCCAACGACAACUAUGACCAUGUGGUUGAGGAGCAUUUCCAAAGGAGUCUCGGAGUGAAUUACCAGAAAAAUCACUCCCAGCAGCUCUCCAUCAGCGUGUCGGUCGAUGACCACUUCGCCAAGGCGUUGGGAGAUAAGUGGCUUCAGAUUAAGUCCAAGUCUUCCUCCUGUUCAUCUACACCACCUAGCAGUCCAAGCAUUACACACUCACCAGCAUACGCGCAAAGCCCGCAUCCAGUAAUGAAAGAAUCUGCAAGCAAAUCGUCACCAGCAUCCAACCAUUGGUCUGUAAAUUAA